AAGAGUCAAAUACUUCAUGCAGGCCCUCUAUUCUCUAGUCUCUAUUAAUAUAAAAGAACUAAGGGGCUUUGUUUGAAGACUCAGAAGAAGAAUUAAACCAGAUCAGGAAGAAGGGCUAGCGGAGAAGAGAGAAAGAAAAAGCUACUUUUCCAUAUAUGGAGCUUGCUUCGGAGAGAUCUGGUGACGGAGGUAGUGGACUCAAGGAAGAAAAGAGAAGUGAGUACAGUGUUGGUGAUGAUGAUGGUCAUCAUAAACAAGAGAUUAUUGUCGAGGAAGCACCCGUUGCUAACACCGAAAGAUCCAUACCGGAGGCUGGACCUAGCGCAUCCACAAGCCAAAAGGAAAAGGUUGAUGAAGAGCUUGAGACUACUAAAGCUGAAAUGGGUGUGGUGAGGGAAGAAAAUGAACGGUUAAAGAUGAGUUUGAACAAAAUAAUGAAUGAAUAUCGGACACUAGAAAUGCAAUUCCAAGACAUACUUAAGCAAGGAACGAAGAAGAACGGUGAUAAAGGAAAUGAGAAGCAUGAAGAAAUAUUAGAGGAAUCGGAUGAUCUUGUUUCCCUCAGCCUUGGAAGGGUUCGGAGUAUUCCAAAAAAUGAUGAGAAAAUGAAGGUUUGUAAAGCAUUGAAGGAUGAAAAAGGAGACUUGAGUCUUGGACUAGAGUUCAAAUUUGAAACAUCAAAGUCGGGAAGCAUAACUGAAGCUAAUUUGACUAAUCCAAGCCCUGAAAAUAGCUAUGAAGUGCCAAAGGAAGAAGCUGUGGAGACACUUAAGACAAUGAGAGACACAUGUACAGAGGAUGAAGCUGCUCAGCAAAAUCCUGCAAAGAAACCUCGAGUUUGUGUUAGAGCAAGAUGUGACACUCCAACAAUGAAUGAUGGAUGCCAAUGGAGGAAAUAUGGACAAAAGAUUGCAAAGGGAAAUCCUUGCCCACGAGCUUACUAUCGAUGCACAAUUGCACCAUCAUGCCCAGUAAGAAAACAGGUGCAAAGAUGUGCCGAGGACAUGUCGAUUUUAAUCACGACCUACGAAGGGACCCACAACCACACUCUUCCACCUUCAGCCACAGCCAUGGCAUCCACAACUUCCGCAGCUGCUUCCAUGCUCUUGUCUGGUUCAUCAAUCUCUUCAGCAACCACUGCCACCAAUCUCGACAACCUCAACUUUUACCUAUCAGAUCAUGCUUCCAAACCAAGGCAACUAUACCUCUCCAACCCUGCCCUAUCAUCUUCACCUUCCCAUCCAACCAUCACUCUCGAUCUCACUUCACCCCCACCCUCUUCCUCCUCCUCAUCACCCUUUGUCAGAUUCACUUCAACCUUCAACAACCAACCCAGAUACCCCUCUUCCUCCAGCCUCAGCUUCAGCAACACUACUACCACUCAACCAUAUGGCCACAGGAACAUGAACAUCCUUAGCGGUGUCAACUUUGGAAGACAACAAGUGGAAAGUAUCUACCAAUCUUACAUGCAAAAAAUCAACAGCAACAACACAGCAGUGCCAGCUGAUACCAUAUCUGCAGCAACGAAAGUCAUCACAGCAGACCCCACUUUUCAAUCGGCUUUGGCAGCAGCGCUUACUUCCUUUAUUGGAAAUCAAGGGGUCAGUGGUGUUGAAGAAAGUUUGGGUCAGAAAAUGAAAUGGGAAGAGGCGUUUCCAGCGUCUAAUUCUUCGAAAGUGAUCAAUGGUUUUGCAUCAUCACAGACCAAAAGUUUGAUGUUUCUACCUCCCUCGUCUUUGCCUUUUUCUACUCCCAAAAGUGCUUCUGCUUCUCCUGCUCAUAAUAGCGACGCCACCGAUUAGAUAAUUGUUCAUACUAUUUCUCUAGCUACUAUAUUUUUUGUUGGAUUGCAUUCAUGUAAUUAAUUAACUGAAUUUUAGCAUACACACGUCAAUAAAUGAUUUUCCCUUCA